CCGGGCCGCCGAGCCGCCGGGCGCUGAGAUUGAAAGUUGUCCGCACGGUAUGCGCACGUUGAUGAAGGCGGCUGCUGCAGGUGACUUGUCCACCCCCGAUGCUCCCGCGAUAACACGCCCUUGCCACUGCGGACCUACCGCCUCUCCUUGCCAUGAACGGUUUCUCGGACAAGGGUCUCGACGAGUCCGACUUUGGCGGCGAUGCAAAGUCGGCGCGCGGCGUCGUCCAGGCCUUCGAUGCCUUUCCCAAGACCAAGCCGAGCUACACGGAGAAGACGUCGACCGGCGGCGUCUGGACGGUGGUGCUGAUGUGUGCCAGCAUCUGGCUCGUCGUCAGCGAGCUCGGCCGCUGGUGGGUCGGCAACACCACCCACUCCUUCUCCGUCGAACAAGGGGUUGGGCGAGACCUGCAGGUCAAUCUCGACUUGGUCGUCAAGAUGAAAUGCGAGGACAUCCACGUCAACCUGCAAGACGCCUCGGGUGAUCGCAUCAUGGCCAGACAGGCAUUGACCUCCGACCCUACCACCUGGCUUCAAUGGGCCCCUGCCCCCGGGCGCAGAGCGCCGGCUCGAGAGUCCCGCACUGAUGGCCGAGAAUAUUUGGAAGAGGAUGUGCACGACUAUCUCGGGGCCACUCCGGACAGCAAGAAGUUCAAGAAGACGCCGAAGCCGUGGAGGGGAUACCCUAUCGACAGUUGCCGGAUCUACGGCACAAUGCACACGAACAAGGUGCAGGGCGAUUUCCACAUUACCGCCAGAGGCCAUGGGUAUAUGGAGUACGGACAGCAUCUGGAUCAUAGUGCCUUCAACUUCUCCCACUACAUCAACGAACUCUCCUUCGGGCCAUACUAUCCGUCUCUUACCAAUCCUCUCGAUGACACAUACACCACCACCUGGUUCAACUUCUUCAAAUACCAGUACUACGUUUCCGUUGUCCCCACCAUCUACACCACCGAUGCACGCGCUUUGAAGCAAAUAGACAAGUACCAUGAGUCUCCUUCCUCAGGCUCAGACGGGCUCGGCCAAUAUCCGGGCCGCUUGAGCAAGAAUACAGUCUUCACGAAUCAAUACGCCGUGACCGAGCAGCACUACCAGGUGCCCCAAAAUCAAGUUCCCGGAGUGUUUGUCAAAUUCGAUAUCGAACCCAUCCUUCUCACAAUCGCCGAGGAAUGGGCAUCGGUCCCUGCACUGUUCAUCCGACUGGUGAAUGUUGUCUCGGGAGUUCUGGUGGCUGGUGGCUGGUGCUUCCAGCUUAGUGAAUGGGCCAAGGACCAGCGGCGACCUCGGAGGCAGGCGACGAGCGACGGCAUUCUGUUUGGCAAUGAGAAACAAGGUCUAUAGAAGCUAAGGUGGACGUGUCCAUUUGCAAUCUGUAUUGACAGCACCGGCCAAUGAGAGCGCUACGCUGACGAUUGCGAGCGUCUACAUACCAGAGCGUCAAGCUUAACCACCGUCCAUGAGGUAUAGCUCGGCUGUUACAGCGAGAGCAACGCCCUCAUUCGCCAUGUUAUACAACAUUCGCCGCGCCGCGCAAGGAAUG